UGGUCUCCUAGUCUGCAUUACCUAAGCCCACUAUGGGUAGGGUAUUUUCAUUGUGAUUAUUGUUAAUAUUACAUUGAUACUGGACUUAAGCUAGUAUAAAGUGCUGCUGUUGGCAUGUAGAUUUAGGCAAUAUAGUUUCACUGAACCCCCAGUCUCCCCCCCCACAGUGCUGCCCUGUAGCACUUAGGGUCUGGGCACUAAUUUGUAUAGAAAGUUAGUUUAGGCCAUAUUUUGAUAGUUGAUUAAUUAUCUGCCCUCAGCUAUAUUACCUCCCCCAUGGCAUUGGCACAGUCACAUGACCAGUUGAUUAUAUUCUGGCCAAAGUAUAAAGUCCCAUUACAGGGAGCCUGAGCUGCCCUUCUUGUAGAGCCGGCUGUGCUGCCUGAGAAAUCCCUGUUACUGUGCUCUCCAUUCUGUUUCCCUGCAGAGUCUGUUUUGUGCUGGAUCUGCAUCUGUACCUGGGCAUCCUGAUUCCUGACACACCGAGCAUAAGAGAGGACAAUACAGCAUAUAAUGGAGGUCAGCAAAAAGCUUUUGAACUCAGUCCCAGGCUGCGUAGAUGAUGCUCUCGAAGGUCUUGUAUGCUGCUCUCCUGGACUUCGGAUGCUUCAGGGGCACCGCGUUAUACUCCGGGCUGACUUUGAAGGUGUCAAAGGCAAAGUGGCAUUGCUGUCUGGUGGGGGCUCUGGGCAUGAGCCAGCCCAUGCAGGUUAUGUUGGACGUGGAAUGCUCACAGGAGCAAUUGCUGGCCCCGUCUUUACCUCACCACCAGUUGGCAGCAUUGUAGCAGCGAUACGAACAGUGGCACAAGCAGGAGCUGAGGGUGUGCUUCUGAUAGUGAAGAAUUACACUGGCGACCGCCUGAAUUUCGGCCUAGCGCUGGAGAGAGCACGGGGAGAGGGAACGAAGGUGGAGAUGGUUGUCAUUGGAGAUGAUUGUGCUUUCUCCUUGCCCAAGAAGGCAGGCCGUCGUGGGUUAUGUGGAACUGUGCUUAUCCAUAAGAUAGCAGGUGCUCUGGCUGAAGAGGGGAAGAGUUUGAAAGAAAUUCUUCAUAUUGUAGAAUCUGCUGCCAUCCGGAUUGGGACUCUCGGUGUCAGCCUGUCUCCAUGCAGUGUCCCUGGUGCAGGACCAACCUUUAAACUUGCGCCGGAUGAACUAGAGUUGGGACUUGGCAUUCAUGGAGAGGCAGGUGUGCGGCGAGGCAAGAUGAUGUCCUCUGAUGAGGUUGUAAAAGUUAUGAUGGAUCACAUGACUGACCCCUCCAGCCAAUCAAGGGUGGAAUUAAGCCCAGGUGACACUGUGAUCCUUGUUGUGAAUAAUCUGGGUGGUUUGUCCUGUCUGGAGCUACAGAUUGUGGCUUCUUCGGCCGUACAUUGCCUAGAGGGAAGGGGAGUGCAGAUACAACGUGCAAUGGUGGGGUCCUUCAUGACAGCCUUGGAAAUGAGUGGCGUCUCCCUUACUAUAAUGAAGUGCACGCCAGAACUACUGCUUCUCUUUGAUAGUGAAACCUCAGCGCCCGCUUGGCCGAGAAUUUCUCGUUUCCCUGUGACGGGCCAGACCCGGAUCUUCCAGUGUGCUCCAGAAAGCACCACGUAUGAGGAAUCCAAACCAGACACCAUGUCUGUGCAGGUUUACAGUCGCGUGUUGGGGCGUGUUUGUCUGGCACUACUAGCGCUAGAAGAGGAACUUAAUGAUCUGGACCGUGCAGCUGGGGAUGGAGAUUGUGGAAGUACCCAUGCCAGGGCAGCCCACGCAAUCCAGAACUGGAUGAAUUCACAACAGGUUCCCUCUCACCCUGCAAAGCUCCUUAUGGCUCUGUCACAAGUCUUACUGGAAAAAAUGGGGGGCACCUCUGGAGCGCUGUACAGUCUUUUUUUGACAGCAGCUGCACGGCCCUUACAGAGCAUGAGUGGCCCGCAGGCGUGGGCAUCAGCAAUGGAUGAUGGCAUUGAGGCUAUGAAGAGGUUUGGGGGUGCAGAGCCAGGAGACAGGACCAUGCUGGAUCCGCUGUGUGCUACUUCUGGUGUUCUUCAGUCUCUGCGGACUCCAGGUUGUGAUUUGAUGCAGACCCUUAGCUUAGCCGUGCAGAGAGCCACAGAGGCCGCUGACAGCACACGUCACAUGACAGCGGGAGCAGGGAGAGCUAGUUACAUUGGGUCCUCAUCACUCAAUCGUCCAGAUCCAGGUGCCGUUGCAGUAGCGGCAGUUCUCAAGGGUAUCAUGGAAGGCUUGGAAAAAAAGUGACCUGGAGUUUGUCAGCAGCCCAAGAAGUCUUAUGGGACCUUGCAAUGUUGACAGUAUUAUGACACAGACAUUACUCAGUGGAAAUGCCCCACCCCGGGCCCUAAUUAAAGCAAAUGACCUGUAUUAAAUCAGAAUGUAUAGAUUGCCUGGUAACACAACCAUUCCCUAAUAACAAAUGCAGCUGCUGUAACAUUAUGCCCCCAGCCAUACAGAACUUCAGUUACAUUCCUGCAGAUGUUUGCAAUAAAUUCCAGAUGGCAACGCA